CGUGGCACUUCUCUCUCUCAUCUUCUUCAACGAGAGAAAGCAUAGGGAGAUUCCCUCAAUCUCGUCUUCUCGAUCUCCUCUUACCAGAGGAUUGUGUCUCCGACAGUAAUCUUUUGCCUUUCCUCCUCCUCAAACUCCACUUUUGCCUUUCCUCCUCCUCAAACUCCCUCUUUAAGCUGUGUAAGAUUAAAUCCAGAAAUAAAUGAAUCAAUGAUUCCCGUGAGUGAUUCUCGUAUUGGUUCCUAAGGUCAUCCUUGAACAUGUCGGCCCGCGAUUGGGAGGAGCUGCCGAACCGGUACAUGCUACGGGAGCAAGAUCGCCAUGGUGGCAUUCCAGCCGUGGAGGAGAUGCCGGAGCCCCUCCCAGUGGUUGAUAUCAGUCGGCUGCCUGCCGCCGAUGAGGCUGCCAAGCUCCGGGUGGCACUUGAGAACUGGGGACUCUUCCUGGCAACAAAACACGGAAUUGAAACAUCGCUCCUGGACGCUCUCUUGGACGGCGGAAGGGACUUCUUUCAUCAGCUGCCGCAGAUGAAGCAAGAAUUUAUCAUGCAGACAGGCGGCAGCCAAGAUCAUCCCAUAGACUGGUCUGAGCGGGUGCGGUUAACGAUCGAGCCAGAGGAUGAGAGGGACAUGUCCCGUUGGCCCGAUUACCCACAUUAUUUCAGGGACGUGAUGCAGGAGUACGUAUGUAAAUCAAAGAAGAUUAGAGACCAAGUCGUGCGAGCAAUCGCCAGGCUCCUAGAGCUAGAGGAGGACCACUUGGUCAGCAUGUUCACGGACAGGGCCAUCACCUUCGCAGUGCUCAACUACUACCCGCCAUGCCCGGCGCCUGCCGGUGUGUUCGGCUUCAGGCCUCAUUCCGAUGGCCGUGUGAUCACGAUUCUCCUCGCGGACAAGGCCAUCGGUGGCCUGCAAGUUUGCAAAGACGGCAGGUGGUACAAUGUUCCGACGAAACCUGGUUGUCUGCUCAUAUUCGUGGGAGACUCCCUGGAGAUAAUGAGCAACGGGGCUUUCAAAGCCGCCUUUCACAGGGUUGUCACGAAUCCUGUGAAAGAAAGGGUCUCUCUAGCUUUGUUCUUCGGCGUGGGAGCAGAUACUGUGCUUGAGCCAGCUCCUGCCUUGCUAGACGACACUCGGCCAGCAAGAUACAGGAAGAUGCGGGCCAAAGAGUACGCACAAGGGAUCCUUGAGCAUUUUAGACGAUCUGAGAGAAUGAUAGAAACCAUGAAGAUCUAA